GCCUACGCGGCCGGGCGGCUGGGCUCAGCGGCCCAGCCAUGUCCGCCGAGGAGAUGGUGCAGAUCAGCCUGGAAGGCCGUUGUUACCCGGUGAGCAAGAGCAAGCUGAUCGAACAGAGCGACUACUUCCGCGCGCUCUACCGCUCCGGCAUGCGCGAGGCCGUGCGGCCCGAGGCCGGCCCCGAGGUGCAGCAGCUGCGCGGCCUGAGCGCACCGGGCCUGCGGCUGGUGCUGGACUUCAUCAACGCGGGCGGAGCGCGCGAGGGCUGGGGCCUGGCCGAGGACGAGCUGGCCGAGGCCAGCGUGCUGGCCGAGCUGGUGGAGGCCGCGUCCUUCCUGCAGGUCACGGCGCUGCUCCGCCUGCUGCUGUCGCAUGUGCGUCUGGGCAACUGCUUGGAGCUGUACCGCCUGGCUCAGGUGUACGGGCUGCCCGACCUGCAGGACGCCUGCCUGCGCUUCAUGGCCCUGCGCUUCCACCAGGUGCUGUGCCAGCCGCACUUCCCGCUGCUGCUGUCGCCGCCGCCGGGUCCCGGGGACUGCAGCCUGAAGCAGAGGCUGAGGGAGGACCGCAUGCGCGGGACCCCGGUCCUGGUGGCCCUGGGGGACUUCCUCGGGGGACCCCUGGCCCCGCAUCCCUACCAGGGGGAACCCCCGUCCAUGCUUAGGUACGAGGAGAGCACGGAACGCUGGUUCCCGCUGGCCAACAACCUGCCCCCUGACCUGGUGAACGUCAGGGGCUAUGGCUCAGCCAUCUUGGACAACUACCUCUUCAUCGUGGGCGGGUACAGGAUCACCAGCCAGGAGAUCUCGGCCGCACACUCCUACAACCCCACCACCAACGAGUGGCUGCAGGUGGCCUCCAUGAACCAGAAGCGCUCUAACUUCAAGCUUGUGGCCGUCAGUUCGAAGCUCUACGCCAUCGGCGGGCAGGCGGUGUCCAACGUGGAGUGCUACAAUCCUGAGCAGGAUGCGUGGAAUUUUGUGGCUCCCCUGCCAAAUCCUCUGGCUGAGUUCUCUGCCUGCGAGUGCAAGGGGAAGAUUUAUGUCAUUGGCGGCUACACCACCCGAGAUCGGAACAUAAACAUCCUGCAGUACUGCCCCUCCUCUGACCUCUGGACACUCUUUGAGACCUGCGACGUCCACAUCCGCAAGCAGCAGAUGGUGUCCGUGGAGGAGACCAUCUACAUGGUGGGUGGGUGUCUCCACGAGCUGGGGCCCAACCGCAGGAGCAGCCAGAGUGAGGACAUGCUCACCGUGCAGUCCUACAACACGGUCACCCGGCAGUGGCUCUACCUGAAAGAGAACACGUCCAAGUCGGGCCUGAACUUGACCUGUGCCCUGCACAACGACGGCAUCUACAUCAUGAGCAGGGAUGUCACCCUGUCCACCAGCUUGGAGCACCGGGUGUUUCUCAAGUACAACAUCUUCGCUGACAGCUGGGAGGCCUUCCGGCGGUUCCCAGCCUUUGGGCAUAACUUGCUGAUUUCCUCUCUCUAUCUACCCAACAAAACAGAGACCUGAGUGAUUUAACAGUAUUAGAAGAACGAUCUGGUUCAAGAGGGGAGGAGAGGAACCCUCUGACAUUCUGAUUCCCGAAGGGCACAGCAGACUAACAUAGGCCAUGUAUGUCAGAGGCUUGGCUGGCUGUAAAUAAGCUAACUUGAGAACUUGGGGGAAGGACACCAACUUUAUCCCUUCUAGGCUGUUUUACACGUCAUGGGAACAAAUGUCAUAAGUAUUCUUCCAAACCUAACAGUCUUGGGCCAACGACCAAAACUCAGCAUUAGAAAGUAGACAGCCAGGGUCUGCCCCGCAAGGGCUGAGGCAGUAUCUGACACAAUAGAGUAUUUAGAUGGCUUUUUUUUCUGUGUUCCCCCCUCUGGGGGUGGAACCCAGGGCCUCAUGUUAGUCCCGUAAAGAUGACUUUAAAAAAAAAUGCUAUUUCUUUAGGUUACCUGAGAUGUCAGGAGUAGGGGAUUUUCCUCUUUCAUGUUCAAGUUUUUUUUUUGUUUGUUUGGUUUUUUUUUUUGACAAGCGUUAGGAACCACCUCCUCACCCCUCCCAUCUCUUGUCGCCCAGCUUCUCUGGCCAGGCGCCUUAUUGUAUAUGUGUUUCAGGGACCCUACAGGUGUGUCCAGCCUUUUGACAUUUAGGAAUUGCAUUACCAUUUAUAAAGUUUGUGUACAAUUGAGUUACCUUUAAAAAAAAAAAACCUUAAUGUUUUAAGUAAGGUCCUGAUGUUGAGUUAGCUAGAGUUAUAGCUAUCCUCAGGGGCCCACAAGUUGUGACUGCCUUGCGUGCGGCAAUGGUAGAGCCAGACCGCAGAGAAUCCGCACACGCAGCUGGUCCCUCCACACACUUGGAUGAGCACACACUAGCUACUUCUCCAGUCUGUCUGCAGUUGAGAAGGCUGCACAAGCAGGCUGGUCAGCCUCUUCGGCUGUGUGUGGCAAAUGCAGGCCUGUGUGGGCCACGGACCCUGCGUUGUGAGGUCUUUGUUUUUAGAAGAUUGCUCUUAACAUUUUAUAAAUGGAGCCUUAAAUGAGGGAGUGCCGCAUAAGGGAAACACGCCUUUAUGAGUUAUUUUUAUUGAAUGUAUUGACUUAGAUCUUGUUUCAAGAUUUAAAAUUUAAAAACAAACAGACAACUUUUGCACAUCUGGAUGCGGAUUCCCGCAUAGGGGCAGAUGUGCGGUCACCGUGUGCCUUUAAAGGCAAGGUGGCUGUAGCUCAUUUACGUUAGAAAGCAGGGGUGAGACUCCGUCCAGACACGGAAUGGCCUCUGCUGGCAUGUCUGAAGUGAGGUGCUGGCUCAUGGCUCUCAUGCCGACAGCUGUGAGCAAUAGCUCUAGAGAUUUCACCGAGGCGGUUCACGACGGAUAAAGGGAUCUGCCAGUCAUGGGUCCGUGUUUCUUAAAAAAAACUUAAGAGCCCACUUAGCAUGCAUGAGAGCCCCUAGGUUUAAUCUCUAGCACUUACAGCAACAAGCCCUCACUUACAGGAAUUUCAAUUGAAGAGCAUUUGCUAUGACCAGCCGCUCUCUUGUAGUAGAGUCGGCUAACUGAGCCAGCAGUGGGCGGCGGGCAGUGCCCUGUCAGUGACAGCCACCUUACCCAGUUAAGAAAGCUCCGUAGAAAAGCUAAAACUACAGGCAGAUUCAUUGCUCCCGGCUGCUCUCCCAGUGGCUGGUCACGCUGAGGGGGAUGACAACCCCCACCCCAAGUAUCUUCAGGGUUUCUUUACAGCCAUGCUUCUAAUAUACCCAGAGAGCCUACUUAUAAAACUCCUAUUUGCACAGCUAUUUAAAAAUUCUGUGUUCGAGGCCAGCCUGGUCUACAGAAUUCUAGGAUAGCCAAGACUACACAAAGAAACCCCAUAUCGAAAAACAAAACAAAACAAAAACAUCCGUUAGUGUUUAUUUGGGACUUGGUGACAGAUCUCAGGGUCUUUUCACCAAAUCUACCAGUAGCUGUCUAGUCUGUAACCUGCUUAUAAUGCUGUUGGAAGCUUGCAGGCCAUUGCCUUAUAGCCCAGGAUAACCCCAAAGUCAGGAUUCUCAGCUCGGCCUCCCCACUGCUGGGACUGUAGGCCUCGUGCAACCCUGCCUUUCUUUCUUUUUCCAUUAUUUUUUAAAAAUUGUUUAUGCUGGGUUCUUUUCAAAAAAAACAAAAACUCCGAACUGAAAUUGCCACCAAAAAGUGGUACUUAUAUCAUAGAUUUAAUUUAUAUUUUGCUAUAUAACUGAGUUUCGGGGAGUCUACGAUAUUACUACUGCACCUUAGAAUCUAAUUUAUGUUCACCACUGUGAGUCUCCACGUCUUCACUGUAUGCAGCCCAACCCCAUAUUCGGAGAUGAUGGGAGCUGAGUUAGCGUUGGGCAAAGAUGGGCAGUUAAAGAUACAUCAUUGUGUCUGCCAGUCAACCAGUUCUCUUCCCGAGCGCCUUCUUUUGGGCGUAUUUCCUAAUGCCAGCAACUUGGACCAAAUGGAGGUGUGCCACUGUCAUCUGCCAAGCUUGUAGCAACCCGGCUUGGAAGGUUGCCCUUGUACAGUCGGUGGGUAUGAGGAUCCAGAUGCACAGACUCCCAACAGAAUUUUGUUAUUCUUGCUGCCAACCGUGCUUAGGGAAGGACUGGGUGGCUGUCAUGGCAUCCGUCUGCCUGCGCCCUUCACCCAUGCGGGCGUUUUGAGAGCUAGAGCUUCCUUCUGCUGGUACCAGUUGAAAGCUUCAGCCAAAUGACUGUGUCUUUGAAACCCUUCCCGCCUUCAGGCAGCUCCUUAGAUGAUCCUGUCUUUUUAUUUUCUUUCCAUUCUCUAUUGCCUUACCCACCCCCAGAUGUUUCUGAGGGGUUCUGACUCCCACUGUGUGGCAGAAAGUGUCUGA